AUGGAUAAAUCUUGGAUAAAUGCAGAUAGGGAUACUUUAAAGUACGAAUUGGGCGUUGAAAAUUUCUUGAUUUUUGCUGAAGAAAAUGCUAGUAACCGUAAGAGAAUUCGUUGUCCUUGCGCAAGAUGUGUAAAUUUCAAAAAGAAGUCGAUUAAAGUCAUUAGGGGACAUUUGUAUGAUUAUGGCUUUAGUUUGGGAUACACAAACUGGAUGUGGCAUGGAGAACCUACAUUGUCCUCCUGUGCCAGUGCACCUAGUGGUUUAGGCCUGCCUCCAAAGGCCCGAUUUGGGUCUGAAACUGUUGAUAUGUGUCAAGUAGCUUUCAAUGAAGGUGAUUAUGAUGAGGAGUCAUAUGAGUUUACUAAGUUUGUUGAUGAAGCAGAAAGACCAUUAUUUGAAGAUAGUGAACACAGUAAGUUAGAGGCAUUGGUGCAACUUCAUAAUUUGAAAGCUAGGUUUGGCAUGAGUGACACUUGCUUUUCUGAAAUACUUGCCACCGUUGGGUCUUUCCUUCCAAAGGAUAAUGUAUUGCCUCAAACUCAUUAUGAGGCAAAGAAGACUCUCACCAAUUUAGGGCUGCAAUAUGAGAAAAUACAUGCAUGUCCUAAAGACUGCAUAUUGUAUAGGAAACAAUUUUCUGCAGCAACUACUUGUCCUAAGUGUGGUGUCUCUCGUUGGAAGUUAAAGAGAGAUAAAACUAUAAAAGUUGGCCAACCCGCCAAGGUGUUGUGGUACUUUCCUAUAAUUCCCAGAUUUAAGCGCUUGUUUAGAUCUGUUGGAACAGCUGAAAUGCUCACUUGGCAUGAGGAUAAGCGAACUAAGGAUGGACACAUGCGCCAUCCAGCCGACUCUCCUGCUUGGAAGUUGCCGGGAAAUGACAUUGAUCUUUACUUAGAGCCAUUAAUUGAUGAUUUGAAGACUCUGUGGGCUGGAGUUAAUGAUGUGUAUGAUGCUCAUAGGAAAGAAUACUUUACUCUAAGAGCAGUUUUGUUGUGGACCAUCAAUGAUUUUCCCGCAUAUGGAAACUUGUCGGGGUGCACCACUAAAGGUUACAAAGCAUGCCCAAUUUGUGGUGAUACAACUUCAGCCAUACAUUUGCCCCAUAGUAGGAAAAUGUCUUAUGGUUGCCACCGUAAGUAUCUACCUCGUCAUCAUCCUUAUAGGAGGGAGAAAAAAGCAUUUAAUAAUGAACAAGAAUUUGAAGUUGCACCUACACCACUAUCCGGAGAGGAAGUGUUUAAGAGGGUAGAACAUAUUAACUAUGAGUAUGGCAAGGGAAAAAAGAAGAACUCUGAUUCUGCCGGUACUUCUUCUUGGAAGAAAAAAUCCAUUUUUUUCAACUUGGAGUAUUGGAAAUCUCUUCAUAUUCGCCAUGCUCUCGAUGUGAUGCAUAUUGAGAAGAAUGUUUGUGAAAGUGUGAUUGGUACAUUACUAAACAUGCCUUCUAAAACAAAAGAUAGUGUGGCUGCCCGUUUAGAUAUGGUUGACAUGGGUGUUAGACUUGAUUUGGGUCCAAAUAUUGGGGAGAAAAAAACCUAUGUACCUGCUGCCCCAUAUACUUUGUCAAGGGCAGAGAAGAUAAAAAUGUGUACUUCUUUCUUGUUUAUGAAAGUUCCUUAUGGUCAUUCAUCAAACAUAAAAAAUUUGGUGUCUAUGGAUGAUUUGAAGCUGUAUGGAUUGAAGUCACAUGAUUGUCAUACAUUAAUGCAACAGUUGCUUCCUGUGGCCAUUCGUUCGGUGCUUCCUAAGCAUGUUCGAAUCUCCAUAAUGAGGCUGUGCUUCUUCUUUAAUGCUUUGUGCACCAAAGUAGUUGAUGUCUCAAAAUUGGAUAAGUUGCAAUCCGAUUUGGUUUUGACCUUGUGCGGGCUAGAGAAGAUAUUCCCUCCCUCAUUCUUUGACAUAAUGGUACAUCUUACUGUGCACCUAGUUAGAGAAGUGCGAUUAUGUGGUCCCGUUUUCUAUAGAUGGAUGUACCCAUUUGAACGGUUUAUGAAAGUUUUGAAGGGGUAUGUUCGUAACCGUUUUCAUCCAGAAGGUUGUAUAGCCGAGAGUUAUGUUGGAGAAGAAUCUAUGGAGUUUUGCUCCGAGUUUUUUCAACGCUGUAAUCCAAUUGGAGUUCCUAAGGAUCAAAGUAAGCUCUGUGGCCCACUUUCUACUGCGAAACUUAAGUGCAUUGAUGAGAAGGAGAGAAAUCAGGCACAUCUUCAUGUGUUGUCCAAUAAUGAUGAGGUGGAUCCAUAUAAGAUUGCACAUAAAAACAUUGUAGAGCAGCUGUAUGCUGGGAAGAAGAAGAGUAAACAAUGGAUCCUUAGUGAGCACAAUCGUACUUUUGCUGAUUGGUUUGAAGCCAAGGUUUCAGCUCAAAUGAAGGAAAAUCCUAACGAGGUUUCCCAAACAAUUAGGUGGCUAGCUGGAAAACCGAGUUUUACGGUGCAUAGUUAUGGAGGGUAUCGAUAUAAUGGAGUUAAAUACUUCACAAAGCAGCGAGACAAUGCUAGAGCUGUCCAAAAUAGUGGUGUUACCUUAGUGGCAAAAACUUGGCAGGUAUCGAGUGCCAAGGAUAAAAAUCCGGUGGAGAGUGAUAUGACAUUUUAUGGGGUCAUUGAAGAGAUUUGGGAGGUUGAUUAUCAUGAUUUCAAGGCCCCUUUGUUUUUGUGUCGAUGGGUAGAGAAUGAAAAAGGAAUUAAACAAGAUGAGUUAGGUUUUACAUUGGUAAACCUUAAUAGGCAAGGCCAUAAGAAAGACAGAUUUGCUUCUGUUGGUCAAGUGAAACAAGUUUUUUAUGUGGAAGAUCCCAUUGAUGCAGAGUGGUCCGUUGUACUAACAACCCCAAACAGAGAUUACCGUGACUGUUUCUAUGAAGAUGAUCUAGGGGACACCUCUAUGGAACAUCAACCGUUCUGUGCAGAAAUACCUUCGCCUUGUCAUGAAGAGGAGAAUGAGCCUGAUGCCACUUACAUGAGAGCGAAUGUGGAGGGGUUUUGGGUUGACCAAUUCACCUCUCCAAGAGAACAAUAG